UCGGACAUAAAAUAUUUACCCUUGAAAUCAAUUUGAUAAGUUUUCUGUUAUCAAUAAAAGAUUAAAGUUUAUUACAAUAGGAUAUUUGUAAUACUGUGGAAAACUAAGGAACAAAUUACAUCAGUUAAAUAAACAAAGGUUUCUUAAAGUUUGAACUCUAACUAUGGCAGUUUCGGGUCGAAAGGUCGCUGAUUUUCAAGGUUCCAUAUUCAAAGACUCAGCAGAGGACUUUGACCAUAGAUGUGAGCCUUGUUUGGCGAUUGAUCAGCAAAUAGAAGCUCACGGAUUUUGUGUGGACUGUCAAGAAUACUUGUGUAAGAGCUGCUUUGCUUAUCAUCAAAGGAUAAAGGCGACCAAACAACAUCACUUGGUCAACAAAGAUAAUAUGGAUAAACAAGCUGUCAUCAAGGAGUCAGACGAAUGCACUGAGAAGUGUCAAGUGCACAAAAAGGAAGUGAUUAAAUUUUUCUGUCCAGAACAUGAAGCUCUCGGCUGCAACGAUUGUAUCGUCCUGAAUCACAGAGCAUGUGACAUUGACUAUAUACCUGAUAAAUGUGCAGGUAUUGGGGACAGUGCAGAAUUCAGAGAGGUACUGAGUGAGCUUAACCAGAAGGUGAAUGAAGUCGAGGAUGUUAUAAAGUUGGCCUCAUGUAGAGAAAAAGAAUUUAAUUACUGUCAUGAUAAGCUACUCGAAGAAAUUACAACGUUUCGCAAAGAGAUAAAUGAUCGUUUAGACCAACUACAAAAGCAAAUUCAGAAAGAUGCUGAAAGAAAGAAAUCCAGAGAUAAACAAACAGUAAAGGAAGUGCUUGAAACUUGUACCGACAUUUCUUUAGAUAUCAAACAACUACAGUCGAAACUACAAGAUUACAAAGCCUCACAACAGAAUGGACAUCUUUACAUUACAAUGAAACAAGCUAAAUCCAAACUAAAGUCAGAAGAAAUAAAGGAGGUAGACAGAAGUUUAGAAAAGACAAACAUGCAAUACACAUUUGAGCAAAACCAGGAUCUGGAAAACAUACUUUCAAGACAAAAUGCCCUUGGAAAGCUAGCACUCUCUUCUUCUCUUGUAACAACAAAGGGGAGAAACCGAUAG